AUAUAUAUAGUUUUAGCAAUGUCAAGUAAAAUUUUCGCUAAGGCGAAUAAAGUGCAGUUUCAAGAUCAACAAUUAGACGAUUACGUUCUCGAGAAUUCUGUUCUUAAAAGUAAACUGCAAAGUAAAAUAGACGCCCUAUCCAUAAUGACCAAAGAAUUAGAUAAAUGCAGUAUGGAGAGAGAUAGAUACAAAUUAUUAGUUGAACAAUUAAAAUGUAAGAAAAUCGUACAAGAUAAUACAAGUACCAGUGACCUAUUUGCACCUACUAAUACAAUAAGUGGUAGUGAAAUAUUAGCAAGAACUAAGGAGCACAAUAACAUGCUUAAAUUAGAGGUAGAGACACUAAAAAGCCAACUGGAUGAAGCAAAUGGUGAUAUACUGGCAUUGAGGAAGCAGAUGCAGAAAGGUCUUACCUCUGAAGAGUAUAAUGGAAAUAAAAUAUUGUCCACGUCAAAAAGUGAUUAUGAACAGUCAGUGCAAGAACUUGAAAAAAUUAAGAAAAAGUAUCAGCAAAUACAACUUGACUAUAGAGCAACAUUAGAUGAAAAAGAAGAACUUGUGUCAGACCGAGACUAUUACAAAAGUAAAGUUCAGCGUUUGAAUCACCAAAUCAGCUAUGUUCUAUCCAAUAGAGUAAACACACAAACAGAUGAACAGAGUCCCAAACCUAUUGUUGAUAUUGAUGCAUUGCUUACCGAAAAUAAAUAUCUACAUGAGAGAAUAACUCAGCUACAGGUUGAAAAAGAAAUUUGUAAAAGAACAUUGACAAAAUAUAAGACUCUUCUAGAUAAUAGAAGUAAAAAUGAUUUCAAUAUUAAAAAGGGAUUUACGGAUGUCAUGACCCCAAAACAAGUUCGAGAAUUUCUUAACUUAAAUUCAAAGACAGGAUUGAAGCGAACAUCAGCAGCUGAACUUAAGUCUUUGUGCUUGGGACUUUUUGAAGCUUUAAGUGAUAAAUCAAUUGCCCUACAACAUCAAAGAAAAACCAAUCAAAUAUUGGCCAAUAGGAUAACAGACCUGGAGAAAACCUUAGAGAGCUGGUGCAAUGGACAAAAAUUUAUACCAAUUUUCCCAUCACAAAUGCUAAUGGAAGAAUUCCCUAAUGAUUCUGUAUCAGUAAAAUCUGAUGAUUCUAAAGAGAAACCCGAAAAGGAAUCAUAUGAUGAAAAUAAUUAUACAAACAAAGUCAGAUAUUCUGAUAGUGAUGAUGAUAUAAAUAAAAGCAAGGAAGAUUUAUCAAGUCUGAAUUAUGAAAACGGUAGCGGUGAUCACAAAAAUAUGUCAUCAAAAAUAGUUCUGCCUCAAGAAUUAGAAGAAUUAGUUAAGGAGGCUCUAGCUGAAUUGAAAUCUGUUCAGUAAUUAUAUUUAAGAAAAUAGAUUUAACAAAUAUGUAUCAAAAUUUAGGUGUUGAUUUUAAAGUAUAUUAUAUAAAACUUUACCAUUUUGAAAAUAGCAGAAGUUUUGUAAAUUAUACUAAAAACAGUUAAAAAUUAACACCCACUG